CGGCAGCCAGAUCUGGAUUCCCAUCAUCCAGACAGACAGACAGAAGGACGGACGGAGCGUCACGAAACGCUCCUUCUGCCGCUCGGAGGAGGCGGAGGGACGGACCGGAGGAGAGAUCCGGAGGGAGGAGCCAGGCCGCCAAGGUGAACCCACGAUCCGCGUUUUAAUCACCGUCAGCGGCCAAAACACGACGCGCAGCUCCGGCGGGCAGGAGAGCGGAGAGAGAGCCGGAUAGGAGGCGUCUGUGGCGGGGAGGAAACCCGAGCAGAGCCGCUGGAGGACACGGAGCUGGAAAGUGUUUCAUCUGUUUGAUUCCUCAUCUUUUUUCUUUUUCUUUUUUCUUUUUUUUUGGAGAAGCAAACUUAAAUGGCACGAAGGGAAGCGAGUGCGUCAUUUGGUGGGAGACGGCAGAAGAAUUAAAGGUUCAGAUUGUGAACUAAGAGUACUGAAGGCCUCACCUCUCUCCAGAUGUUCCUCAGCUGGAAUCCAACAGCAUCCGUCCUCGAUCCAGUUUAUUCAGCUUCACUGACAUCAGAAUUUACUGGCAGCGUGAGGCCGAGGAGUCCCGCCGGGAUCUGAGGGGGAGGACGGACCCCCAACUCGGAUCCUGAAGGGACCAGCUGUUGGGCUUCACGUGGACCAACACAUCACUUCUGUGGGCUUUUUUCUUUUUGGCGCUUCUGAUUGGAUGUCACCUCAGUUCAUCUGUCAGAAAUAAGGGAGAAGUUUUCAGAAAGCUGAGGAGGCGGAGGGUGGAUUACUUAGAGGAGUCCAGAGGAGACUUUUGGAGAAUUUAAAUGGAUGUUGAAGGAGCUCAUCUGUGGGACAACGGAGCGGGAUUCAUGCACCUAAAGGAGGUUCUUGUGAAACAUCUGGACGGAUACAGAACACCAUCCAGGAACCGAUUCUUCAUUUAAGAUGAAAUAUUAGAUUUUUAUUCAGACUUUUUUGACUGAAUUUGCUGCUGUUGCAUGCCAAGCCUCCCACUUCCACACACAUAAUUUGUCGUUCAUUAAUCUCUGAACGGAUCUAGCUUAAUUAGGACGCCUGUGAUUAUACAUUUUAUCAAAGAUGCUGCUUCUUAAUGACUUCCAGCCUUCAUCUGAGACUGUAACUGCAUCAUGCUGAACAUUCAGCUCUGACGCUGACAUUUUUGACUCAAUUUUGACGCCAGAAGCUUUUUUAAAGUCUGUUUAAGCUUGAACAGAGCUGCCAUCUCAAAACAAAGCCUCUCAUCAAGCACAGUAAUUAUUUCUUAGAUGUCUGUCAGUAUUUAAGCUCGGUGUUUUUUAUCACCAAAUGUGCCACCGUUUGUGAACCCGACGCUCCGGUCCGGCCCCUCUCAGCUCCUCUGUUCCCGUCACCGCCAUGGUGAUGUCGCAGGGCACCUACACCUUCCUGGCCUGUUUCGCCGGCUUCUGGUUGGUCUGGGCGCUCAUCGUCAUGCUCUGCUGUUUCUGCAGCUUCCUGCAGCGUCGGCUGAAGCGCCGCCGUGAGGAGAGGCUGAGGGAGCAGUGUCUCCGGACCGUGGACAUGGAGCCGCUCAGCUGCCAUGCCGCAGGAUAUCCGCCGCCUCCUCCUCCUCCCCCGCCGGCGCCUCCGUGCCCUCCACAGCUGCCCAGAGAGCCGCCUCAGUUCUGCCCUCCUCAGGCGCUUUCACCACCACCACUUCCUCUGCAGGUUCCUCAUCCGAUGCCGCAAGCGACCUGGGUCAGCAUGCCAGACACUGAUAUCUUCGGGAAGCCGCCCUGCUACGAGGAGGCCGUCCUGAUGGAGGAUCCUCCGCCGCCCUAUAGCGAGGUCCUGGCCGAUCCGCGAGGAGGAACCUACCUGAAGCCCGGCCCGCUCCGAGCACCGCCGCCGCCUCUGAGGGAAACCCACGAUCCGGCUCCGGUGUUCACCUCCGAGACCAGCAAGCCCCUGGCGACGACCGUGUUCCCCGACCGAGGCUACUCCUCCCUGAUCCGCCUGCCUUCGUCCCAGCGCUGGGACUCCCUGGGUCACCUCCUGUCCAACAUGGACCUCAACCACAACACCCUCACCCCACCGGGCCGCUCGCUCCAGGCCGCCGCCACCAUGGCAACCAUGCCCCGCCGGGAGCCCAGGACUCAUCAUGAAGGACUAAGAGGUGGAAUACAAGGACUUCAGGGGGGGUUUCAAGGAGGCCUGCAGGGGCUCCAGGGCAUUCACGGACUGAGAGGUUUGGAGCCCAGCUGUGGGAUGCCAACAGCCUUCCCCCUGCUGGGUCGGAGCACCGCCGUCUAGACCUGGCCUCCGACAGGAGUUUAUUUAAAGAGUCUUUAAGCAGGAGGUCUGCCUGCCUCAGUGUUCACCGCCGCUAGAAGUAGAGAUUUAACUCCCCGAACAGCUGAAGGAGGGUUAAAGUGCUGCAAAAGCGUCAGGAGUUCAGUUCCCCCAGCGGCUCUGUGGGCGAUUGAUGCCACUUACUCUGCCGGGAUCUUAGCUUUGAGCUCGGCGUGUGGGUAAAGGAGGAAAUUACACACAGUUUUCCGAGCGGUGUUGUUGAGUCAUGGAGGUAUUCUGGUGUCACAUUGAAGCUAAUUGAGUCUUUUGAAGAAAAAAAGAGCUCGAACAGCGAUCGAGCAGUGAGCACAGCUGCUUCUCCGCCUCUAUUUCCACCUCCAGCUCCCCUCUUUGCCCUCUCAUUCAUCCCCGAUCUCCUCUCCCGGCGCCUCAGCAACCUAUUGUACCAGCUUGCUGUUGCCAUGGCUCCCGGGAGCUGUCUGUUGCCCACGGCGACCUCUCCUCUUUUAUCUGCUUUGAUUUUGUCCAAGACUCCGUCGCCUCUCGAUGACUGUGGGCUUUAACGGUGACAAAAGCACACGUGGUGGUGACCUUCGAGCUGAAGGCCAGUUUUCAUAAAACAUUUUUAAAAGGCAGAAUCCAUAGAGACCGAGUGGAUUUCAUUUUGUAUCACGCUGCUUCGUUGUUUUCUGUGUCGUCUUUGCUCCAAACAGUCGGUGGGGCCCCUUUAUUUUCCUGGAUGAUGUCAGCCGGAUUUCAAGAAGAAUUUUUCUUGUACAAACUUAAUAUCAUUCUUUUAAAGUUUGUGACGAAUAAUGCCUUUUCACUUGUGAAAUAAAAACAUCUUCAUCUGCGAGGCUCCUUCCACUGAUUUAUGAAGUCAUAAAGGGGCAAGAAAGAAGUUUUCAGUCCAAAAAAGCAUCUCUUUUUCCAAUAAUAGGGUUUCCCUUUUAUUAUCCUUGUUUGUCUGUCAGUGUUGAAUUGAAGGUUGUUUUUGGUUUCUACCACCUCAGAUCUGAUCCUAAACCAAAGUCAGGUUUGGAUCCAAAUUGUACUGACCAGGUGGAUUCAGGACGACAACGAAAACUGUUUGAUGAUGUUUAUUCCAGUUUUCUUCUUAAUUAUAUGCAUGAUAAUUACUGUUAAAAUAUUAUGUUGAUUUAAAAAAAAAUGUUCCAAAAAUUACAAGAGACAUCACUGAAAAAAAUACCAAAAUAUUUUUUAACAGUUUUAUUUGAGAUUCAGAGAAAAAUUACAUUUCAGGGGGAACUUAAGACUUUUUUGGCGUUUAAAAAAUAUUUUUAAACAUUCUUUUCUCCUAGUUUUUUUUCCCCCCAAAAUCUGGUCUCAGGACAAUUAAAUUAACACAACAACUGUAUGCUUUAGUAUUUUGUACAUGGAUUAUUUGAAAUUUAAUGGAUGGGAUGUAAAAUGUCCUCCAAUUCUGGAAUGACCCUUAGAGCAAAUAGUCACAUUGAUCUCCAUGUUGAAUUGAAGUUUGGGUCCAAACUGUUUGAGAAAAGUUUGAUAGGUUUGAUAAGUUCUGGUCGCCCGAAAACCCCUGGAAGUUCCUGCUGAAGAGAUCUUGAGAUUCUCUCUUACUUCAAAUUCUGAUUGACAGACACAUUAAAUAAAGAGAAAAGCAAACCAACGCCUUAAAUAGAUAAUAAUUCCAACAUGAACAACAGAUACUCUGUGUUUCUGGUUUGAUAAUUUAGUGUUUCUGAGGUAAAAUUUGUUCAAACUUUCCCUCGCUGAUGAUUUACCUCUAAAACAUCAACCACAACUAUCUGUUUACAACUUGAAAACUUACAUUUUUCUUACAUGGAGGAUUUUUUAGCAAUAUUUGUUAGUUCUUGUAAUUAAUGCGUUUUUCUGAAGGUUUUCUGUUGUUCUGUGACUCAUAUGAUGGACGAAUGUUGCCGUUCGGCAUCAGAAAUGUUAAUAUUGGGGGAAAAAUAGGCAUUAUUGAUAAAAUGUUGGUGAAACAAAAGAAAACACAAACCUAUGGCAGCAAUAAUGACGCUAUCGGCUUCACCUGUAUAGACUGUACCACAUGUCAGGUAACAGAGGGGUGAACAAAACAUAAAAUACACAAGGAAUGCAAAGAAAUCACAAAUACAUUCACCUGGUUUCUGCUGACAAACACUUGAAACACAGAGACAUGUUCUUUAAAUGACUUAAUAACUGCAACAAUCCCUGUGAGAUCUAAAAAGCAGAACAUCAAACUCAUCCCGUAAAUAGUUUAUAAUUCCAACAUAAACAACAAAUAAUUUGUGUUUCUGAAGUAAAACUUAUUCAAACUUCCUCUGGCUGCUGAUUUACCUCUGAAACAUCGUCACAUUUUAGCCUCUAAAACCAUGUUUGACUUCAUUCCUCAUCCAGAAAGUGACAACCAGAACAAUUUGUUUAAAUGUCAGGUCCUCUGCUGCCACUAAAGAAUGGUAAUGAUGCUUUUAAAUGAUUAGAAUCUGACUUCCAUCAAGGUAGAAAGUCUCAAUAAUAACAUUGGAGCCAAUUAUUCCCAUAAAAUGAAUGAGGGUUAUGUAAUAUAAUGUUUUUUUGUCAUGUAUUUAUCCAUUUUUUUACAUAUUUUGUGGAGAAGAAAACAACCUUUUGUUUCCUUUCCACAAAAAAAACACCAAAAGAAGGGUCACGAUUCACUUGUUUCCAACAUUAAAACGAUUAAACUGCU